GGUUAUUGGAUCAAUAGGGCUUUAUAUACUUUAAUAUAAUUAUUAUGGCUGACUAAGAUGUAAAAAAUUGUUAUUUUAGUGAUUUACAAUAUACAUGUUUUGUUAUGCUCUUAUGUUAGUUUAAAUAUGGGAAUAGAUAAUGAAGAAAAUGCUGGUUUAUUAAAGAGUGUCAAUGCUGAUGACAAAAGUUAUGGAUCAUCUGAAAGCAUUUCAUAUCGUGAUAUUGCACUCACCAAUAAGAUACGAAGAAGAACCUUUAAUGUGCUGUAUUUUACAAUGUUUGUUGGAUCAAUAAGUUUUUCUAUUGUUAUGUCUUCAUUGUGGCCAUUUCUUCGAAAGCUAGAUCAGUCUGUGAGUGAGCCAUUUAUGGGGUACAUCAAUGCUGGUUAUAGCUUAUCACAAAUGGUUAGUUCUGUUAUCUUUGGUUAUUGGUGUGACAGAAGAAGAGGAAUUGAACCUCUUGUAUUAUCUUGCAUUCUGUUGGCUUUGGGUAGUGGUUUGUACGCAUAUGCACAGCCCUUUGGUGCUGAUGGAAUUUGGGUAGUCUUUGGUGCCCGGUUAAUGCUUGGUUUAAGUGCUGGAUCAGUAUCAGUAGCAAGGACAGUUGGUGCUAGAUUGUCAACUGAAGAUGAAAGAGGAAAAAUAAUGUCAUACAUUUCAUUAUGGCAAGCUAUUGGUUUCUUUAUUGGUCCAGCACUGCAAGCUUUAUCGAAAGUGGUACCGUCCAAUGGAGUGUAUGUUAGCUCUAUGAAGUUCUAUUUUAACAUUUAUACGGCCCCUUGUUAUUUGAUGAUUAUCUUGAGUGUUGUUAAUGCUGUAUUGUUGACAUUUUACUAUGUUGAAGAUGUUGGUGGUGCAAAGGAGAAAUUUAAAGAAGAAGUUAAAAGGUUAAGACGAGCUUCCAUGUCAUUUGAACCAAUCGACUUUCCCGUGAUCAUUGUGUGUAUAAUAUUAUGGUUUGUGUCGAUGUCCAUUUUUGCGUUGAAUGAGACGAUUUUGUCACCACUAAUAAUGAAUGAGUAUGCUUGGUCUCGAAGUAAAACUGUGUUCUAUGGUUCCGUUCUGCUUUCCAUUUCUGGUAUCGUUGCUAUUGUGUGUUUUCUUCUUACUGCACCUCUGGCGAAAAAGUUGGGUGAUCGUGCUGUUGUGUUGAUUGGAUUUCUUAUUAUGUUAGCAGGGUUUAUAAUUUAUUUACCCUGGGGACCGGGAUAUCCAAAGCUUACCAAGGCUGUGAUAAAUGCGACGGUGGUAACCAAUGAUGCAAGCGAAGGCGGUGGCUGUCCUUAUAAUUAUGCUUGGUGCCACAAUACACCGUCUCUAUCAUUCGGCCAGUUUUUGACGGGAGCAACGUUGGUAGGAAUUGGUUACCCUAUUGCUGUAGUAAUCUUAAAUGUGUUGUAUUCGAAGACCAUUGGACCAUUUCCACAGGGAAAGUAUAUGGGCUGGUUAUCGGGUGCCGGGUGUUUUGCUCGCGUCACUGGACCGUUGUAUGUUACAGCUAUGUACAGACAUUAUGGUAUGCGUUGGACAGCUGUUAGUAUAAUCUGCAUGCUCACGUUAGUUCUUGUACUGUUUGCUUUGUUCUGGAGACGUCUUGUGCCUUACAACAAACGGAGACGAGUUCUGUCUAAGCUUGAUUCAUAUACUGCUGGUAGUCCAAGUGUCUAAUUCAAUAGGCGCAAAUGGUUUCUGAUUUCACCAACCAUCUUGUCCUUUGUGGCAAGUGAUUUGCAUCACCUUGAAUAAUGCUCUUAGCAGCUUUUUUCUCGUACGGUCAGUGUUUUUCAGCGAUUGACUAAUAGUUUUCACAAGUAAAAUAUUUACCUGACGACGAGAAUUCUUAAAAGUUCUGUAGCUGAUACCUACUAUAUCAAAUCAUAUGGUAUGUCUUCAGAAUUUUAGCGUUUAAAAGUUUGCCAAAGUUGCAAGCCUUCUUGGACUUUGCUCAAGUACUCCAGAUUUUGAUCUUCAAUCGUGGACAAAAUAUAAUGAAUCACGGUAAUUUUCUAAUUUAGCGGCCACAAGUGAUCCCUUUCGUUGUUUCUAUAUUAGAGUGGCGCAUUUUCAAAAUUCACUUGUCAAUAUUUACGGCAGACUUCAGACUUCGGAUCUUUUCUUGAAACAUCCUUAUUGUUGCUGACGACAGCACAACCAUUUUUCUCGAAUUUUAAGAUCUUUGUAUGCCGCGGCGUGGAUUAUUUCGUUAUAAGGGCGCGCUGAAGAAUAACACUAGCAAAUUUUACACGUUAUCUACCUGGCUAACGUGUGCGCAAAUGUAGCCACUUAGAGUGGUGCCAAUUUCACCCAUUUGUUCGUGUUGAAAACUCACGAAAAAAUUUCUUUCAUUAAUUUUAUCCAUGAUUUUAGAAUGGUUUUUUGGAUUUCGAGUUGGAUUUCUGUUUUUAGCAAGGAUUUUAUGGAAAAUUCUGAAAAGGAGAGACUCUUACUUUAGGGAUUUUUUUAAAGUGCAUUUUUUAAGUUUUAGACAAACUGAUGCACUAAUCUGAAAUUGGUUCCGUUCCAGGGUUGGAGAUUCUUAGGCGAAUAUCUAGUUAAGCGAUUGCUGUGGUCACACAACUUUCGUAGCUCAAAUGAAGAUUUAAAUGCACUAGGACCCCUUCGCAGGACCCUUUUUUGAUAGCAGUGUCAAUCGGAACCGAAUAGGCUAUCCUGGCUAAACAAUUUUAAUAUUAAUAAUAAAAAUAAUACAUAUAAUAAAAGUAAUAAUACAUAAUGUAAAAAUUACAGUGAGACAUGUCAGAAAUUAUUUUAUUCGGUUUUGUUAAAUUUAAUCUGUUCCGUUAUGGAUUUGAAAAUUAUUAUAGACAUAUUUUAUCAACGAAUAAUAAUAUAAAUGAUGUGCAUUUUUGUAAUAUUUAUUUUUAAGUACCAUUUUUUUACUCGCAGUUUUGCACCAGUUUUCUGUUUUAAGCCGAAUCUCCACUAGAUGAAAUUCGCGACGAUUUUUGUUACGAAAAGUAGAAACCAAUUUAACUUUUCGUCAUGACAAAAUCGCGACCCAUCAAGCUCUCGAGUAUUUAUGACGAUCGUCGUAAAAAUCGUCCUGUGGAGAUUCGCCCUUGCUAGCUCGUUUUUUGAUUGUGUAAUGACAAUAACAGAUUAAAAAGUUCCUCCCAAGCAAACAAACACUUUUAACGCUACGAUAAAAAAAAAAUAUGUAACGCCCUUUAGGCGUAGUUACAUUUAAAUGCUACGAUGAGAAAAUAUAACACCCUUUAAGCCCAGGCACAAAAAGGACCAGCUAUGUUUGGCAUGUUUUUUACCGUAUGCAAUUUAUUCACCAUAGAAAUAAAUGAAAAUUAUUUGUAAACACAUGUAUUAUAUUUAAUUUCCAUGACUUUACGCUUUUUGUUUUAUUCACUUUUUAUAACAUAUCAAAUUCAGUGAAUUUUUUGUUUUGUUUUUUCAUAACAUUUUACAUGUACAUGUACAAAAAUUCGCAAAAUUUUGGAAACAGUUGUAAGUGAUCUGUAAGAACAAAGUUUAUCGAAAUAUUUCGAUUUAGAA